AUGCGGGUUCGCGCAGCCGGCGGUCCGCGACCCAAAGUCGACGAGAGUUUGGAUGCGGCAAGCCCCCCGUCUGUCAAAACGCCUCCUGCAUCCAGGCCGUCCAGCACCACGUUGUGGGCGGCACGCAUCGUCGUUCGUUCGUCUACGAGUACGGAUAGAGGGGUAUUCGUCCGCGCACCAGGGCUCGUUUCUCGGCAUGUCAGGGACCAGGGGGGCUGUGUUCGGUUCGCCCGCCCGGCGGCUCCGGGCCGGGGACAGGUUGAGCCAGACUUUUGGCCAAGGGACAACAUCCACGGGACCAAGUUACGACGUGAGUACGAAGCAUGUAGCUACGUAGGAUCGGGCCGGGCCCUUGGACGGGCGGGCGGCUGGCGAGGUCGCACGAUGGUGAUGAUGCGGGCUUGGCUGCGCCCACGGGGGAGGAUCGAUUCGCAGCGAGAACGGCGAUGCUCCACGAGGGCCAGAGACGAGAUGAGGACCCGGCGCCCGCCAAACCCCCAUCGCCCAUGCCCAUGCCCAUCCCAUACGCACGCCACGCCUAGUCUUUCUCCUCCCAUGCGUUUUCAACCCGCCCGCGUGGUACAGGAUGGCGCGAAUGCUGACCCGAAGAUCUUUGAAGAUGGACGGGGUGUGCGAAGGAGUAGAUGUGACCACCCGACGAGGUACCUACCUACUUACGCCGUCGAGUCGUUGCUUUUUAUCUCCCCUUUCUUUCCUUUCGUGACGCGCGCACCCGCUCAUCCUCUUGUCUCCUCCCUCGUUGUCCCGUGUACGUUGCAGCACUCAGGUUAA